AUGGCAUUCUACAGUCCACACUCACCGCGCGAGCGACCGGUUCCACAUAAACAAAUGUCGAGUCCUAUGCAGAAUGUGGAGCACCAGUAUGCAUUGCCAAACAGUCACCACCGAACUAGUCCACACGGACCUGGGGGUGCACGCAAUGGGUUCGGGUCUACCCAUGCGCCUAUGCCUCAUAUUUCCCGGGGGUUUCGGGAGAGUGACACACCCCACAGUCGCCACCACCGGGGUACCAGUGACUUUGACACCCGUCGAUCGGAGUGCUUGAGGAGAGGUGUCCUAUACGAGGACCCUGACUUUCUUCCACAGGAUACAUCCGUGUAUUACAGCAGGAGUCCUCCCUACAGGAUAGAAUGGAAACGCCCAGGGGAGAUAGCUGGGUACCAUCAUUUGAAGCCUAAUUUUUUCCUAGACAACGCCUCCAGAUUUGAUGUGAAACAAGGAGAACUAGGUGACUGUUGGGUAGUGUCUGCCAUUGCCUGUCUGUCCAGUCCGGACCAUCGGGAGCUCUUUCGCAGAGUUGUUCCUGCCGAUCAAGGAUUCCAUGAGGGUUGGUAUGCAGGGAUCUUCCGCUUUAACUUCUGGCACUUCGGUAAAUGGGUGGAAGUGAUCGUAGAUGACAAACUGCCCACCAGUCGAGGACAAUUGCUGUUUGUACACUCUAACAACCGAAAUGAGUUCUGGUCAGCUCUCUUAGAGAAGGCUUAUGCCAAAUUAAAUGGUUCCUAUGAGGCUUUGAAGGCAGGUAACGUAGGGGAUGCUUUAACUGAUUUUACCGGAGGGAUCUGUGAGAGCUAUAUUUUACGAGGAGGAAAGACCAAUGUGCCACCUAACGUGGUCAACAUCCUGUUCAAGGCCCUCGACCGCCAGAGCCUGAUAGGCUGUGGGAUUAAUAAUAUUAAAGGUGGACCUGGUACAGAGAGUAUUCUACCCAGUGGUCUGUGUGCAGGACAUGCCUACAGCAUCACAGACCUUAGAGAGAUAUUGCUCAUGUCUGAGGAUGGGGAGAUGCCCAUAACACUUGUUAGAGUGCGAAACCCUUGGGGUAGCAGAGUGGAAUGGAACGGGCCAUGGGGAGACAUGUCUAGAGAAUGGAACAGUAUUCCUGAACAGGACAGGGAGAAAAUGGGUCUGGUGUUCAGAGAUGAUGGCGAGUUCUGGAUGGAGUUUGAAGACUUCAAGCACAACUUUGAUAGCCUUGACAUCUGUAACUUGACUCCUGACUCUCCAAUAGAAAUGCCCAAACAGUGGCAUACAGCCGAAUACCAGGACACUUGGCAGCGUGGUUUUAACGCAGGUGGCAGACCAUCACAGCAGGACACCCAUUGGACAAAUCCCCAGUACAAGGUGACUUUGUCUGACCUUGACGAGGAUGGUGACAAUGUUUGCAGCUUCAUCUUACAAAUGAUGCAGAAAGAUAGACGGAAAAUGAAACAGAAAGGAAAGAAAAAUCUCUACAUAGGAUUUGUCAUCUAUCAGCUUCACAAAGAAGAGGAGAUACCUUUACCGAAAGAGUUCUUUGAGACAAACCGCCAAGUUGAAUCAAGUGGCCAUUUUAUAGAUAGUCGACAGAUAAUCACACGUAUGACGAUGAGUCCCGGGGAAUAUGUGGUUGUGCCAUGUACCUAUGAUCCUAACGAGCUCGGCAGUUUCUACCUCCGAUUCUUCUUUGAAAACAAGAAUGUUGUUAAUUAUAUGGAUGCCGCACCAGAGAGGGUUGCUGUUACUUUGCCUCCUAAUCCCCCUGACAGCGACAAGGAAGACAAAUUCAAGAGAUUUUUCUAUUCUGUCUCAGGAGAGGACAUGGAAAUUGAUCCAUUUGAAUUGAGAAGUGUCGUAAACGAUGCAUUAAGGAAAGAACCUUUACACAGGGACCUGUCUGUGGAUGCUUGUAAAUCUUUUGUGCUGUUAUUAGAUACAGACAACUCCGGCCAAUUAGGCUACCCAGAGUUCCAGUACCUGUGGAAUCUACUCAGGAGUUGGAAGAAACUUUUUUACAAAUUUGAUGCAGACCAAUCAGGGAAGCUUAGUUCAUUUGAACUUAGGAGAGCUCUUGGAGCAGCAGGUUUUAAAAUCAACAAUUCCACAAUGCAGUGGCUAGUGUACCAGUACGCUGAUGAACGGUCCCUGGUGGGGCUGGAUAGCUACCUGAUAUGUUUAGCUAAACUCAUGAAACUGUUCAAUGACUUCAAAAAAUACAGCUCUAACAAUCAGAUGUCAUUAUCUAUAAAUCAGUGGUUGGAGCGUUCCUUGUCAGUAUGA